AAGUUGCUUUUGGCAUUUCAGUUGAACCAGCUUAACAAGUGUGGAAGUGAAUUUCAUGUUGGAAAAACAACAAAUUCUUUAUUUUUCUGAUGCCUCUUUUGCCUCCAAAGCUCACUAAAGUUUUUGGACUUUGAUGUUUUAAAUCUUUUCUAAGUUUGUAAAGUGUUUUUUCUGCCCUUUGUGGUAUUUCACCAUCUCAUUCACUGGCAGACUGACUCACUCUCCUUAUUUCCUCCAGAUGUGCAGCAGUUUACAUUUCCUGAGGCCCAGGAUUGUGACAUUUCAGCCCUUGCACUGCUGUCUGUUCUGCUGACGAACAUGAAUUCAACAGUUUCUGGUGUGGUGACACUAAUGGUUGCUGUUAAAAGCUCCAGUUUCUCCUCUUUCAUUCUAAUAAAAGCCAUUGCCUUCUCUCCGAGGUGCUUGUUAAAGCGUAACCGUUUAACUCGGGUCUGCAGGGAAGUGCUGACAUUAGUGGUUUUAUUAGCGGCUCUGGGUGAUGGACAGGAACAAUCAUGUGUCAGGCUUGUGCAAUUUAACAAGUGCUAAAGUUUGUCUUUUUAGGGGCCUGACGACACAAUCAGCAUGCAGUGAUUUUUACAUCACAGAUUAUUCUACCAACACUGACUUCCAAACCUUUAUGAGGGACAGUUAAAUUCAGGAUUUUAUUCAGGAGUUUCUAACUCCUUAAGUUAAAAAUUGCUUGAAUUUGAAUAAAAUGAAAUGUUAAACGGGACUCUCCCUUUUCCAAACCUCUUAAUUAAGCAGGUUUUAAUAAACCAUUUAGCCACCCACAUGUCCCACUGGAGACUGUUUAGGCAAUGGUUUUUAACCCCGCGCAAGAAAAGGACUUCCUUUUUGAAAAUCUAAUCUAAAAGCCAACGAGAGGAGUUGGGAUUAUUUUCUGUAUGAUCUGGUGUUAGUAGUGACCUUGUUGGUCACAAAGCUGAAAUGAACUCUCUAACCUGCAAGUGCGCUGGAGUUCUAAUUCUGUCACUCUGGUUUCCUCUGGAUCCAACUUUUUAGCUUGAUUGUGUUUUUUGCAUCCUCUAGUAUUAGAAAUGUAGGAUUUCCUUCUUUUACUGAAAUGUUUAUAUCCUGAAACAGACCCAGUGAAACUCUUUUGCACUUGCCUAGCUGGGCAUCACGAGAUCUGUUUCCUCUGUUGGCGUAAGAUUAACCUUUUAAGUGCUCAACCUUUGCCCAUUUCUGGACUUUGGUCUUCACUGCAGUAGUCGGGUGGUCUUCACUGCAGUAGUCGGGCUUUUUUCUCUGGUUCUCUGAAGCAGUGUUACCUCUGGAGCUGCUUCUAAAGACAAGAGAAGCAUGUGUGGGUGUUGAAGAAUCAUCAGAUCGUCGCUCGACAUCACUACCCAAGAUCUCAAAGUUGCUGUCUGCAUUACCUCAGAUUGCCACUUGUCCAGUGAGGUUGACCCUCCCCUCCCUCCCAACACACACACACACACACACAUACACACACACACACAUCAUGUCUGCAGCAGUGGAAAACAGCGUACCAGUCUCUGCUGAUCCCAACACCCCACCUACAGCCCCAAGCACCAACACCCCACCCAGCUCCCCUGCGUCAGCUGCAACCAAGACUUCGCUCAAGAAAGAAAAAAAGAAAGCGCCUGAGAAGACAGAUGAGUACCUGCUGGGAAGGUUUCAAGGAGAUGGAGUGAGGUACAAAGCAAAGCUGAUCGGCAUCGACGAUGUCCGGGAGGCUCGCGGAGACAAAAUGUGCCAGGACUCCAUGAUGAAACUGAAGGGUAUGGCGGUAGCUGCUCGGUCUCAAGGCAAGCACAAACAGAGAAUCUGGGUCAUCAUUUCCAUGUCGGGUAUUAAGAUCAUCGAUGAGAAAUCAGGAGUAAUUGAGCACGAGCAUCCGGUCAGCAAAAUCUCCUUUAUUGCCAGAGAUGUAACGGACAACAGGGCAUUUGGAUAUGUGUGUGGAGCAGAAGGACAGCAUCAGUUCUUUGCCAUUAAAACUGCACAACAGGCCGAGCCACUUGUCAUUGACCUGAAAGAUCUUUUCCAAGUCAUCUUCAACGUGAGGAAGAAAGAAGCCGAGUCCUCACAGACGGGUGAAAAUGGCACUGCAGUAGUUGAGAAUGGGAAGGCCAAUGAUGGAAAACCUGCCCAGCCAGUGGAGCAGCAUGACCUUUUUGGAGACAUCACGACUCCUCCAGACAUCCAGGUUCCAAAUGAUUCUAACGAAGUUCUAUUGUUGGACUUCUCUGUGGAAGUUGACAGCAAUCAAAAUUGCAUAAAGGAUAGCUUCUUUCUCUCUUCCUGUGACCCAGACUAUAAGGCAGCCCUCCAUAAAGACAUUUCCUUUUCAUCCACUUUCGGCUACUUCCCAGCUCCAGAUGGCGACCCCUUCAGAGACGAUCCCCUUUCUAAAUCCCCCACUAGUUUUGUACCUGAUGACUCCCUCACCACUAAUGACCUACCUAACAGCACUGCUGACGGCACAAACAAACCAGUUUUUAAUCAUUUGAAUAGAGACUCUGAAAAUCUUCAACAGAAAAACGAGUUGUCCAGUAAAUCCAUGAUCCUUGCUCUCAGUAAUGGACAGUGGCCACUUGGGGGCAGCAUAACUCAGGGCACCUCAAUAACAAUGAUGGAUGGGAGUGAAAGUCAGCAAGCACUCGCAACCAAAAACCCAUUCCUCGACUCCUCUAUGAAAACCUCCUCCAUCCUAAACAGCAUACUGACCUAUCCAGAACCAGCAGCGACCCAUAGCAACGACUCGGUUGUCAUAAGCCCGCCUCCUCAGAACUCGAAAUGUGGACGAAGUCGAAGGAGUGCAAAGUCUGCAUCAAGUGAGCUGUUUGGAGCCGAGCUCUUCACUGCUCCUACUGAGCAGGCUUCCACUCCAGGCGACCUAUUCAACAACAUGCCUACAAACCCCACUCCCUCCUCUAUAGCUGCUCUGGGGAACCUUCAGUUGGGCCCACCUGCUGCCCUGAACGUCCCUGCUGCAGGCAUGUGGGGUGCCCCUGCUGCUUCACCCGCCAUGUUCCCCAUGCCAGGAGUGACUGCUCUGGUUGGCACAACCCCCGGCUUUCCACAACCCCCUGCCUUUGGCGCUCACAUGCAAGCACCAGCCUGGGGGCAACAGGUGAUGCCACCGUUUUCUCCACCACCACAUUCUCCACCCCAGCUCCAAUGGGGUCAGCCUGUUCCACCCAAUCCUUUCCAGCCUGGCCCAUUUGUAGUAAUGGGAGACCAGCAUGGCCCAUCCCGCCCCCCUCCUAGGCCACCUGCUAAAGAAGUCACUCCACGAGUAGAGAACAGCGCCUUUACAGCUUUGGAUCCCCUCGGAGGUAAAGGGGUAAAAACCGGAAAGGACAUGUUCAAGGACUUUCAGAUCGCCAAACCCCCUGCUAUCCCAGCUAGGAAGGGAGAGGUCGCUCCUUGCUCUGCUCCUCCACACGGCAACAAGGAGUCAGGAGCGUUUGAUCAGUACUUCUCCAAUAAAGUGGGCCUGGCUCAGGAUGCAGCAGACCACGACGACUUCGAUAUCAAUCAGAUGUCGGCACCUGACGCUCCAAAGCCAUUUUCGACAUUGACUCCUGCUCCAGUUGCUGCCCCAGCUCCAUGUUUUGCCCCUGACCUUGAUGCUGCCUUCUCUUCUGCUCCAAACUCCAAGAGUUCAGCCCCGUCACAGGGACAGGACAUGUUUGACCAAGCAUUUGGGACCCCAGAGACAAACCCGUUUGGUGCACCACCUGUAGCUAUGCAGAGUAAUUCUGCAGGCCAGACUUCAGGCUCAACAGAUGCUUUUGGGGAUGUUUUUGGAAAUCCUUUUGCUUGAACACAAAUUUGUCUCAGUGAAAUGAGAAAAUGGAACUCCACAUGAAACACACCAAUGGGACAAGCUGCUUUGUGCAAGACAAUCCAAAUGAACUCUUCUUAUUCUUGUCCCCGAAACAUCCUUUUACACUUUUGGUUUUGAUAAGUUUGUAUUUGACUGAUCCACAAUGUAAAUGUUAUGUCAUGAUCUGCUGGGGCAAAAAAGUGGUGUGAAGAAUGUUUAGUUCACUGCUAAUGCUGACUUUGUUAAAGAAAUAAAUCAUUAUUAAUGCAACAA